AGCUCUCGUAUGGUAUGUAAAACUCUGUGAAUCGGCUACAUUUAAAAGUAGUAACGUACAUGUCGUGUUUAUCUCGGCGCGCAACGACUACAAAGCUAACGUUGUUAGCUUAUUCAAACCUAGCAACAGAAACCGUUUUCUCUCUCCAGACGAUGAGCUCGUGAAUCAACGAUGACUUGCUAUAUUUGUGUUCUCGUGAUUUUUACGAACAUAAACACUUUAAAGAAUACGCUGUGAAUAAACUGAAUGUUUCUGGAGGUUUUAUAGACCGCUACAAUUGAGUAACCACAAGAGGCCGUGGCGUUUAUAAGAACGUCUGAGGAGAAAUCUUGCUUUCUUGUGUGUAACACAUUGGCAAAGAUGGUGAAGAUCUUCAUUGGGAACCUGCCUCCACAAGCAGAAGCAGAAGAAAUAAAGUCUCUGUUUACUAAAUAUGGAACCGUCACUGAAUGCGCCAUUAUCAAGAACUUUGCCUUCGUCCACAUGGACGAUCGCAAAAGUGCUACAAAGGCGAUCCGAAACCUUCAUUUAUACAAGUUGCAUGGAACGGCCAUCAACGUCGAAGCGAGUCGGAGCAAAAACCAGGGCCCUGUGAAGCUUCAUGUUGCCAAUGUGGAGAAAGGAGCAGAUGACGAGCUCAGAGCGCUGUUUGAAGAGUACGGCACAGUUGCUGAAUGCGCAAUCAUUAAGAACUUUGCCUUUGUACACAUGAGCAAUUCCGAUGAGGCCAUGGAUGCUAUCAAGGGGUUGGACAAUGCUGAAUUCCAAGGCAAACGAAUUCAUGUACAGAUUUCAAAGAGUCGACCAAGAGGCGAGGAGGAAGACUAUGGCCCCCCAGACAGUGGAUACUGGCCACCCCGUUUCCCUGGUGACCGCCCUGAGCCCCCUGGUUAUCCUAGGGGUCGCUUUGGGUAUCCCCCCGGUCCCCCUCCUCCUCCACCACCCAUGCCCCCCAGGCGCCCCCCAUACCCAGAGCGUGCAGCGCCGGCAUACGAGCGCGAACGUGGUGUGGUCGACUAUUACGAGAAGUACCGCGCUCGCCCUUACGGCGUCUCCUCAUAUGAGGACCGGCGUCUGGGUGCCAUCCCCCCUCCCCCUCCGCCCCCGUCAUCCAGCAUUAUGAGAGAACGAUUGGCUGGCAAUGGCCUCGACCCCUAUGAGCGACGCCCCCUUCCACCCCCGCCAUCCUCGUACUACGCACGAGACCGCAGUCCCAUCAGACGUGUUCCUCCUCCCCCUCAGGCACCCGCUGGGAAUGGUUACUCAUACGAGCGAUCUCGUCUCUCCCCUCUCUCCAUGUCUCGGACCCCGAUGUACAGCGUGCCUCGGGCCAGAGACCCCUAUGCUGGCAGGGCGGCACCGCCUCCACCACCUCCGCGCUACUCGUAUUAAAGUGCACCACUGCGCUUUUGUAAUCCAAGGUGUAAAUUAUUCAACAAGAUCGUCGUCGUCGUCUCCAGAUGCACGUGCCGCGAUACGUCUUUGUCUGCCAGAGCGCGUUUCGUUCGCCUGCGCACCAUAGUGGAAGAGUUCUGUUGCGGACUUCACAUUCUAUAAAACUACCGCUUUUACACGCAUAAAAUCGUCCUCAUGUUAAUUUGUCAACUCUGCUUUAUUUUAUUUUUUUGCCUUGUUUUUAUUGUUUAACAUUUGAUAGGUGAGAGAGGCACUAAGCCAGAGCAUGUCAGGAAGCUUAACUUGGGGGUUUGGUAAAGACUAUGAAAGGAACGCAUAUAAAAAUUAAUUCAGAGAACACUUCAAUGUAUCUCAUUCUACAUUCUUACCUUAAAAAUCUGAAAUGAGCAUAUCGUUUGUCAUUAAACUACUGUAACAAGCGCUAUUCCAUAACUUUGAUUUUGAACCCAAAAUUCAUUUGUGUAAAGCUAUUUUUCUCUCUCUUAUUUUCCCCCCUCUCUAAGCUAUUUGUUAAAGUGCGGCAUGCAAGUAAGAAUACAAUCUCCGCAACAAUAAAACCUUUCCAUCUACUGGCUUUAUUAAAAUUGUGCUGUAGUGUGGAUUUUAAUUGCAGAGUAUCGGAGUUAAAGGACUUUGUAUCAUUUUUCUUUCAUAGGAACACUUGAAAGUUUAAAUAAAAGUCUGGAACAUGGUCCGUCGUUUUGCUUUUCUUGCCAACAUGGUCCGUCGUUUUGCUUUUCUUGCCAACCUUUUAAACUCAACAUGCCUAAAUAGGCAUAAAAGUAACUAUAUAUUUUAUACAUGUAUUCAAAUUAAAACCCAUAACGUCAUGCUUCCUAGUUUAAGAGUUAAAUGGAGAAUGGAACUGCUUCUGCGGCGAAAUGAAAGCGAUUUUUCCAUCACUUCGUCUUUAAGGCUAUUCUUAUGCCCUAAGCCAUUGGCGUCUUAAUAUUCUGGUUUUUGAUUCAUUAAGCCAAUUGACUUCCCAGUGUUUUUGUUAACCAAUCAGUGGUCCUUUUUAAGUUUGAUUAUGCCAGGUAAGUCACUUUAUGCAAUUAGUUUCUUUACCACUCAGCAUGCCUUUCACUACUUAAUUAUUUCAAGGUAUAGCUUUAAUACACCGACUGAUGUGUGUCUCAAUGAAAUGUAUUUGGGUCAAAUGUUUUCCUCAUGCAAGUGAUGUACUUUAGGAUGAGCUCAUGCCUGAGGGUAAGUUUUAGGUUAAUUUAUGACCACCCCCCCAAUCUCUUAUUUCUGUCUUUUAUUUUACAAUAAAAUGUGCAGUUAUGGCUGUUUGUUCAUUUACUUGUGGGACACCAAAUGCAUGUGCUGCUUCUGGCAUUGAUCUAAGCAUUAAAAGUUUUAUUUUCCAUUUAAGGUGAAUGCACGUUCAAUAAACGAAUAAAACUUUACCCCCCUCCUA